UCAUCCUGUUGAUUUGUUUUAUAAAGUGAGUCAGAAUAAGCGUGGUCAGUCGUGUUCUAUUUGAGAAGAAUUUCUCGUCUACCUACUUAUUAUCUAAUCUUUAUAAUAUAUAGAACGGACUCACGUCGCUCGAAAUUAGUUUUAAACAUCGCGCAGUGUAAAAUAAGUCGUUUGUGUAAUAUUGAAAUAAUUAACACAGAAUUUUUACAAUUUAUAUAUUUGUAAUUUGUAAUUACGAUACAUAUCGAGAUGGCUACAGAAGUUAAUGCACCACCAGCAGCUACCAUGCCACAGCUACAAUGUUUUCAGAAGGCUAUGACUUUACCAACAGUGGAAGCAGCUGUUGGCCAAUUCGGAGCCAUGUACACAAAAGUUAAGGGUGCACACACGCUCUUAGACUGGGCGCUAACAUUAGUAGAGGACAACAUGACCAUGGCUGCGCUGAAAGCAGUACCAUAUGUCUCCGCACCACUGGCUGUUGGAGACGCAACGAUCGUCGCUGCCAUAGACGAAUUGGAGCGUCGCGUCCCACUGGUCACCGAGGAGCCGAAGGUCAUCGUGGAAACAACCAAACAGGCUGUGAUGUCAAGAAUCUCACCACAUGUAAACAAGGUGUGCAUAGCGCGUACUGCCGCUGAGCAACGUGUCAAAUCACUAAAGGAGCUGUCGUGGACAAAGGCGAACGCGCUGCUGUCGACCGCGUACGGACAGAAGGCACUGCACAGCGUCGAUACGGGCGCAAUGUACGUCAUGCAACUCCUCGACCACUACUUGCCGCCUGUCGGCCCUCAGCCUGAGCCUACCGGUGAAAUAGUAUUGGCCACCGCUGACCCAGCAUUGCAUACGGUGCAGACAGUGGGCCGGUUAAGCGCGGUAGCGGCGAGGAGGGUGUGGGCCAACCUUGCUUACAAGAUCAACGAGCUCAGGAGCUCAGGUAUAGAGUUUGAUGUCCGCCGAUACAUUGCGGCGUUGCUGGCUGCACUGCACCUCGCGAAUGUGACGAAUCAGCAACACCAGAAAGAGAAGGAAGAAGAGGGAAAGGGCACGCAGAAUAUCGCAGAGCCUGCGCCGGCGACGAGCGCGCCGCCCGCCUCGCAACCCUCCGCGCCUUCCACCGCCACCAUCGUCAAAACUACACCCGAAGGAAAAUCGGACAUAUCGGAAAAGUCUAAACAAUAAAUAUAGGCUUUUUAUUUUAUUUUUAUUAUAAGAAUUAUCAAUUAUUCACAGCCACAAUGCAGGUAAACAUAUUUUAUCUACAUUGUUCUGGCGUUAGAAUGUUAAGGUUCAUUAUAUUGAAUAUAAAUUGAAGACUGUCUGAAUGUCUUAUAUUUUAAUGUAUUUACGGCUUUAAAAAUAAUUAUUGCAUAAUAUUUUAUAUUGUGAAUGAAUUUGUAAGAAAUAUAUUUUUGGUAUUAUAAAA